GGGCGGGCGCGCGCCCCGCGGGGAGGGGGCGGAGGAGGGGUGAGGAGGCGGCGCAGCGCGCACCGCGCCAGACCCAGACGGAGCCCGGCCGCGGCCGCAGCAACAGGCGGCGGGCUGGGCUCGGGGGGCGGAGGCGGCGAAGGGGCGGGGGAGCGCGAGGAGGAGCGACCGCCGCCUGUUCCCCGCCGCAUGGACGAGCAUCUCAGCCUCCUGAGCUCGCCGCCGCAGCCCUCCGCCCGCCACCGCGCCCACCCUCCGCCGGACCCCGCGAGCAGCGGAGCUGGCGGCGCCCACACCCUGGUGAACCCCGGCUACGCCGAGCCCGCCGCAGGCCCCGAGCUGCCGCCGGACAUGACCGUGGUGCCUGGGGACCACCUGCUGGAGCCGGAGGCGGCCGACGGUGGCGGGGGCCCGCCCCAGGGUGGCUGUGGCGGCGGUGGCGGCUGUGACCGCUACGAGCCGCUGCCACCCGCGCUGCCCGCAGCCGGGGAGCAGGAGUGCUGUGGGGAGCGAGUGGUCAUCAACAUCUCGGGGCUGCGCUUCGAGACGCAGCUCAAGACCCUCUGCCAGUUCCCGGAGACGCUGCUGGGCGACCCCAAGCGUCGCAUGCGGUACUUCGACCCGCUCCGCAAUGAGUACUUCUUCGAUCGCAACCGACCCAGCUUCGAUGCCAUCCUCUACUACUAUCAGUCCGGGGGUCGCAUCCGCCGGCCGGUCAACGUGCCCAUCGACAUCUUCUCCGAGGAGAUCCGCUUCUACCAGCUGGGCGAGGAGGCCAUGGAGAAGUUCCGCGAGGACGAGGGCUUCCUGCGCGAGGAGGAGCGACCCCUGCCCCGACGCGACUUCCAGCGUCAGGUGUGGCUGCUCUUUGAGUACCCCGAGAGCUCCGGGCCGGCCCGGGGUAUCGCCAUCGUGUCAGUGCUCGUCAUCCUCAUCUCCAUUGUCAUCUUCUGCCUGGAGACGCUGCCCGAGUUCCGCGACGAGAAGGACUACCCCGCCUCGCCGUCGCAGGAGGCCUUCGAGGCGGCCAGCAACAGCACGGCGUCGGGGGCCCCCAGCGGAGCCUCCAGCUUCUCCGACCCCUUCUUCGUGGUGGAGACGCUGUGCAUCGUCUGGUUCUCCUUUGAGCUGCUGGUGCGCUUCUUCGCUUGUCCCAGCAAAGCCACCUUCUCAAGAAAUAUCAUGAACCUCAUCGACGUCGUAGCCAUCAUCCCUUACUUCAUCACCCUGGGGACCGAGUUGGCUGAGCGACAGGGCAACGGACAGCAGGCCAUGUCCCUGGCCAUCCUGAGGGUCAUCCGCCUGGUGAGGGUCUUCCGCAUCUUCAAACUCUCCCGCCACUCCAAGGGGCUGCAGAUUCUGGGGCAGACGCUGAAGGCUUCCAUGCGGGAAUUGGGGCUGCUCAUCUUCUUCCUCUUCAUUGGCGUCAUCCUCUUCUCCAGCGCUGUCUACUUUGCAGAGGCGGACGACCCCACUUCAGGUUUUAACAGUAUCCCGGAUGCCUUCUGGUGGGCAGUGGUCACCAUGACAACAGUCGGUUAUGGUGACAUGCACCCAGUGACUAUAGGGGGUAAGAUUGUGGGCUCGCUUUGUGCCAUCGCAGGUGUCUUGACCAUCGCUUUGCCAGUUCCUGUGAUUGUUUCCAACUUUAAUUACUUCUACCACCGGGAGACAGAAGGCGAAGAGCAAACCCAGUACAUGCACGUGGGAAGCUGUCAGCACCUCUCCUCUUCAGCUGAGGAGCUCCGAAAAGCACGGAGUAACUCAACUCUGAGUAAGUCCGAGUAUAUGGUGAUCGAAGAGGGGGGUAUGAACCACAGCGCGUUCCCCCAAACCCCUUUCAAAACGGGCAACUCCACUGCCACCUGUACCACGAACAAUAAUCCCAACUCCUGUGUCAACAUCAAAAAGAUAUUCACUGAUGUUUAAUAUAUGAUGCCAGUGACCUACCGUGCUCGGUACUGUGUGGAACGUGCCCCCUUGGUCUGUGUAUGCCCUUGUUUUGUACAUUUCCAGACCAUUCACCAAGGAAAGGAUAUGAAGAAGCGGGACGCUCACCUCAUUCUCCCUCUCCCCACUGCUUCAUACUGAACCAGGUGCCUGUUUUGCAAGUGGGCUGCAUUCUUUCAGCUCUCUUUUUUUCUUCCCUCCUCCUCCUUCUUAAUUCUGUGAACAACAAACUUCCAUUAAACUCAAUUUCUAGGACACACCCUAUUUAAAAAAAAAAAGCACAUCCUGAGAGGAAAUGAAACUAAAGAACAGUUAGACUGUUUAACCUCAAAAUUAAAAGGUAUUUGUUUCUUUACUAAGUAAAGCAGGCAAAUACAAGAAAGCUUCACUUUGAUGGAACUUUCAACAUUAUUUACUGAAUAUUUAGUUCAAUUUCCUACCCUCUGAAUAUGUGGAUGGAACGUCUAACCAGAAAGAUGACUUCUAAGCCCACCAUAAGUUUACUUGGUUUUUGACUGGAGUUUCUGUUUGAGUGUCUCCUCCCGGAAUCUUAAGGUUCUUACAAUUUUGAACAAAGGGAAAUGCCCCCAGAUGUCCUGAUCUGA